UACAUGAUUUAUUUCUCCCUUUUUUUUUUUAUAUUUGCAAUUGUUUCUCUCUCUAGAAAUUCUCUCUAUCUGGAAGAAGGGUGUGGGCCCCAUAACUGGUCCUCUGCUUUGCUGGAUUGAAGCUUUCCAUUGUUGGUUUUUAAUGGGGUUUGUCUGAUGAGAGAGACCAUAGUUCAGUUGCCCCAAUCAAAAACUCCCUUAUAUUAUUAAUAUUAGUUAAUACCACACUUUCUCUCACUACUGUUUCUCCCUUUUCUCUCUCUCUCUCUCCUUGAUAAUUCUUUGUUAUCGCCCCUGCGAAGAAAAAAGAGAUUGGGGACGACGAAGAGCAAAAAUCCACAUCGAAAAUUGUUUUUUUUUUCUUCAUAAUUUCCAUUUUGAUUUGACGGAUCCACAGAUCUAAAACCUCUUUCGAUUUCAGAUCUUCGUUGCUCACAAAUCAACUCCUAAGAUUCCUAGGGCACAUAUUUUACAAGAAUUGGAUACACAAUCAUAAACAGAGUUAUAUAUCGGUUCAAGUUACCAUGCGAGCUUGUUAGAUGUGGAUAAACUGGAGGGUUCUUUGGAUGAGAUGAGGGAUGUUAUCCGGGUUAAUGAACUUUUUGCGGGCCUGUUUUCGGCCAAGGGCAGAUCAGUACAUUCACUCUGGUUCGGAUGCUAGCGGUCGACAAGAUGGUCUUCUCUGGUAUAAAGACUUUGGACAACAUUUUAAUGGGGACUUUUCAAUGGCUGUAGUUCAAGCAAAUAAUUUACUCGAAGAUCAGAGCCAACUCGAAUCUGGUUGUCUUAGCUCAAAUGAUUCUGGACCGUAUGGUACUUUUGUAGGGGUUUACGAUGGUCAUGGUGGACCCGAGACCUCUCGGUUUGUCAAUGAACACCUCUUCCAACAUCUAAAGAGGUUCACGGCGGAGCAUCAAUCCAUGUCACCAGAGGUUAUACGGAAGGCAUUUCAAGCAACGGAAGACGGGUUUCUCUCGGUUGUAAGUAGACAAUGGCCUAUGAAACCACAGAUUGCAGCAGUUGGUUCUUGCUGCCUUGUAGGAGUCGUAUGUGGUGGAACUCUUUACAUUGCAAACGCAGGUGAUUCGCGUGCUGUUUUGGGAAGGCUUGUGAAGUCUACAGGGGAAGUAAUUGCUAUGCAGUUAUCGGCCGAGCAUAAUGCGAGUUUUGAAUCUGUUAGACAGGAGUUGCAGUCUCUACACCCUGACGACCCACAUAUUGUAGUUCUGAAGCAUAAUGUGUGGCGUGUUAAGGGUCUUAUACAGAUCUCAAGAUCCAUCGGGGAUGUGUAUCUCAAAAAACCUGAAUUCAAUAGAGAACCAUUAUACCAAAAAUUCCGACUCCGCGAACCUUUCAAAAGACCAAUUUUGAGUGCAGAACCAGCAAUCACAGUGCACCAGUUACUACCCCACGACCAAUUCGUUAUAUUUGCAUCAGAUGGCCUUUGGGAGCACCUUACCAACCAAGAAGCUGUUGAUCUUGUCCAAAAUAAUCCACACAACGGGAGUGCGAGGAGAUUGGUAAAAACAGCAUUACAAGAGGCAGCAAAGAAGAGAGAGAUGAGAUACUCGGACUUGAAGAAAAUCGACCGUGGGGUCCGCAGACAUUUUCACGAUGACAUCACAGUGGUGGUUGUCUUUCUCGAUUCACAUCUCGUGAGUAGGGCUAGUUCCGUCAGAAGCCCUAAUAUUUCCGUUAAAGGAGGUGGAAUAACAAUCCCUUCGAACUCCCUCGCACCAGAAGCUGCUGCUGCUUGAAAAAAAAAAAACAAAAUUUAUCGCGUUGAAAAUGAAUUCUUUUAAUGUACAAUGUAACUUUUUUUCUCUUUUAACCGAAGAAGAAGACUCUCUAAUACUUGGGCAUAGUUGUGUUCUCCACAAGAGUCGAAGGUGACGAUGAUCGUUAUAGUUUGUGUUUUCGAGGGGCAGAUCUUUUCAACAUUUGUUGUUAUCAUCUUUUUUCUUUUUAAUUUUUUUUUGAAAAAAAAAUAUUUUGUAAAUCAUGUGACUUGUCCUUGAAGCUAAAUAACCUGUUUAAUUCUUAUUUUAAGUUUCAGCUUAUGAAGAUCACUGAAGCAGAGCUUUCUUGGAUGAAUAUAAGUAAUAUGUGUUUCAUA